AUGCUCCCUUCGCAAACCUUGCUGACGUUUCCUUCACAGCUAGCAAGAGCUGGAUUCUACUUUGAACCGUAUCCCGAAAACCCCGACAAUUGUGUCUGCUUCCUUUGCGGAAAGGGCCUCGAUGGGUGGGAAGCUGGCGAUGACCCUCUCGAGGAGCAUCUGAAGCAUGCCCCCCAAUGUGGAUGGGCCAUAGUGUCUGCGAUUGAGGCCGAAAUCGCCGAAUAUUCGAGGCAGGACCCCGGCCUGCCUCAUAUGGUAGAGGCUCGAAAGGCGACAUUCGCUGGGAAAUGGCCCCAUGAGGCAAGGAAAGGAUGGAAGUGCAAAACAAAGCAGGUAUGCUGUGAAUGUUACGUGAAGCUGUAG